AUGUCUUCCUCAUCCCCAAACCCAGAUGCCUAUAAGAAGCAUUUUGUGCUGAUUCACGGAGCCUGUCACGGGGCAUGGUGCUGGUAUAAGUUAUCAGCUUUACUAACCUCUGCAGGUUACAAUGUCACAGCCCUAGACCUAGCAGCAUGUGGGAUCCACCCAAAGGAGGUAAAAUAUGUACAGACCUUCUCGGAUUAUGCUGAGCCAUUGAUCAAAUUCAUGGAGACUCUCCCACCAGAGGAGAGCGUUAUCCUGGUAGGCCACAGCUUCGGUGGGCCCGUCAUAUCUAUUGCCAUGGAGAUGUUUCCUGAGAAAAUAGUGGCGGCCGUUUUCGCCACCGCUUUCAUGCCUAGUCCUACUUUCAGUUACCCUCAUAUAGUAGAGAAGAUGUUUGCUGGUGUGGAUUUGAUGGACUAUUACCAUAGAUUUGAUAAUGGACCCAACAAUCCUCCAACUUCGGCAAUUUUCGGGCCUAAGAUCAUGUCGUUACUAUUGUACCAGCUCUCGCCACCAGAGGAUGUAAAACUAGCAUCAUCCUUGUUGAGGUUCUGUCCUGUACUGAUUCAUGAUGAAAUAAAACUCACCAAUGAGAAAUAUGGAUCAGUUCGUAAAGUGUUUAUUGUGUGCGACCAAGAUCAUAUAAUACCGGAGAAAUGGCAGAGGUGGAUGAUCGAUGAAAAUCCACCGAAUGAAGUGCAGGUGAUAAAUGGUGCUGAUCACAUGGUAAUGUUCUCUAAACCGCAGGAGUUGUUCUCCUGCCUCCAGGCGAUUGCUGUAUCAUCAUCAUUCUAG